UGUAUAUAUAGAGGGCUUUAGGCAUGGAUGUAGGUUGUAGGCAACCAACCCAAUGUUACGCUUUGUCGCCCUCUGUUGGCACAGGAUAAAGGGUCUGUUUAACGGUAUGCUUUUAACAAUUUAACAAGAGUUUUUAAGUGAAGGCUAGAAAUACAUUUUUUAUCCGUUGUCUAUUGAACACAUUACAACAGCUACAUGCAAUGUUAAAAAAUGGAUCGAUCGUUGACUCGGAGUUUGUCUGUCUUUGCCUUGUCUCGUGAUCACAACAGUUCGACUGCUCUGCUCUCCCCUCUCCGUAUGGGAGUCGGCUUCCCAGACAGUAGAGCAGAUUUUUUGUCAAUGUCAUAGAAACGAUGAAGUGACAGACAGUACACAGGAUCAGCAGUGACAUGGCCGCCGACGACAAGUCCUCCUCCUCGUCCUCCACUGACUGGACUGCUGAGCAGCCUGUCCUCUCGCCCUCCAGCCCCUCCCACCUGACCCAGUUCAAGCCGCUCACGCCGGAGCAGGAUGAGCCCCCGCUGCGCUCUGCGUACAGCUCCUUCGUCAACCUUUUCCGCUUUAGCAACAAAGAAGAGGGGCGGGCUCCUUCUCCGACGAUUCUGGAGAAGGCUGAUGUGCCGGUCCCCUCCCCACAGUUAGUCAGAGGGCCAUGGGCCACUAGUCCUUCACAUUCCAACCACCUUCCCGGGUCCCACCGCAAGCAGCACCCAGACCCGCUCCGGCGGACCUCCACUGCUUCCGUGGAUUGGCCAGAAGGCCGCAGGAAAUCGGAGACGCCGCUCAGCAGUCAUGAUCCACGCACAGCAGUUCAACUGCGCACCGCUCUGAAAAGACUGAAAGAAAUCAUGGAGGGGAAGAGUCAGGACAGUGACCUGAAGCAGUACUGGAUGCCGGACAGCCAGUGCAAAGAGUGCUACGACUGCAACGAGAAGUUCACCACCUUCCGCCGCCGCCACCACUGCCGGCUCUGUGGCCAGAUCUUCUGCAGCCGCUGCUGCAACCAGGAGAUCCCCGGCAAGUUCAUGGGCUACACCGGAGACUUGCGGGCCUGUACCUAUUGUCGCAAGAUAGCGCUCAGCUACGCCCACUCGGCUGACUCGGGCUCCAUCGGCGAGGACCUGAGCGCGCUGUCGGACUCCCCCUGCUCUGUGAGCGUGGAGCCCAGCGAGCCCAGGACGCCUGUGGGGGGGCGCAAGGCCAGUAGAAACAUCUUCCUGGAGGAAGACCUCACAUGGCAGAGAAAAACUCCCAUUGGGAUGAGGAAGAAUUUGAUUCACCAGGAGACUCAGGGCAGUGGUCUCAGUUCCAGGCUGACGACACUACAAGAAGACGUAGGCAAAUCACCUGCUAGGAAGAGGUCCGCCAGCGUCUCCAACCUGUCCCUGGACCGUGCGGGCUCCGCCAUGGGGCCGGCGUACGACAGCUCCGUCAGCCCGCAGCCCAGCCGUACCAUGAGCAACGCCAAGGCCGGCCCCAUGACCGGCACCAAGCAGGACCACAGCGAGGAGGAGAGGAAGAUACUGCUGGACUCGUCCCAGCUGAAGGACCUGUGGAAGAGGAUCUGCCACCACAACACAGGCAUGGAGUUCCAGGACCAUCGCUACUGGCUUAGGACCUACCCCAACUGCAUCGUGGGGAAGGAGCUGGUCAACUGGCUGCUUCGCAACGGCACCAUCUCCACAAGGGCCCAAGCUAUAGCCAUUGGCCAGGCACUGGUAGAUGGCCGGUGGCUGGACUGUGUCACUCACAAUGACCAGCUGUUCAGGGACGAGUACGCUCUUUACCGCCCUCUACAGAGCACAGAGUUCUCUGAGACGCCGUCCCCCGACAGCGACAGCGUCAACUCCCUGGAAGGCCACUCGGAGCCGUCCUGGUUCAAGGACAUCAAGUUUGACGACAGCGACACGGAGCAGCUGGCCGAUGAGAGCGACUGCACCAUGCCCAACUCGUCCAGCCCCAGCAAGCGCACCUCGGUCAGCAGCGUCCAGUCAGCUGUGGACAGCGACUCGGCCGCCUCCAUCAACCUCAACGUGGAGCAGGACAACGUCAACUUCCACAUCAAGAGGCAGUCCAAGUACCCCCACGUACCGCUGCCCACAGAGAAAGCUGAACUCCUCCUGUCUGAAGAUGGAGGGCAAAACAUCUCCAUCAGUGAUGCUUUCAUCAAGGAGUCACUGUUUAACCGUCGUGUGGAGGACAAGGCCAAGGACCUGCUGCUGACUCCCCUGGGCUGGCACCACAGCUCGCUGGACCAGCUCCGAGAGGAGAACGGGGAAAAGAAGGCCAUGGAGAGGCUGCUCUCCGCCAACCACAGCCACAUGAUGGCGCUGCUGCAGCAGCUGCUGUACAGCGAGUCUCUGUCCCUGUCCUGGCGGGACGUCAUCGUGCCCGUGGUCCGCACGGUGGUCCAGACCGUGCGGCCCGACGUCCGCAACUGCGACGACGACAUGGACAUCCGUCAGCUGGUGCACAUCAAGAAGAUUCCCGGGGGAAAGAAGUUUGACUCUGUGGUGGUGAAUGGAUUUGUGUGCACAAAGAACAUUGCUCACAAGAAGAUGAACUCGUACAUCAAGAACCCCAAAGUGCUGCUGCUCAAGUGCUCCAUAGAGUACCUGUACCGAGAGGAGACCAAGUUCACCUGCAUCGACCCCAUUGUGCUCCAGGAGCGGGAGUUCCUGAAGAACUACGUGCAGCGCAUCGUGGACGUGCGGCCCAACCUGGUGCUGGUGGAGAAGACGGUGUCGCGCAUCGCCCAGGACAUGCUGCUGGAGCACGGCAUCACGCUGGUCAUCAACGUCAAGCCGCAAGUGCUUGACCGAGUGAGCCGAAUGACACAGGGGGACCUGGUGAUGUCGAUGGACCAGCUCCUCACCAAACCUCGCCUGGGCACCUGCCACAAGUUCUACAUGCAGCCCUUCACCUUGUCCAACAACGAGUCCAAGACGCUGAUGUUCUUCGAGGGCUGCCCGGCCCACCUGGGCUGCACCAUCAAGCUGCGCGGCGCGGCGGAGUACGAGCUGGCCCGCGUGAAGGAGAUCCUCAUGCUGAUGGUGUGCGUGGCCUACCACUCCCAGCUGGAGAUCUCCUUCCUCAUGGACGAGUUCGCCAUGCCGCCCAGCCUGGCGCCCAGCACCUCCUUCCCCUGCCUGCUGGAGGGCUCCACCGCCGAGGAGGACGAGGCGGAGGCCCCCAAGAGGGGGCAGGAGGAGGAGGAGGAGCUGGCGGUGACCGUGGUGGAGGUGGCGAGUGGGGAGGCCGAGGGCGUGGAUGGAACUACGGAGGACGCAGUGCACGUGGAUGUAGGAGGAGGAGGAGAAGAAGAAGGAGAGGCCAACAGCGAGGGAGAACCAGGGGAGGGAGCCCCUGCAUCAGCCGCACCACACCCGAUGGCCAAACUCGGGGAGGAGGAGGCGGAGAAGGGGGAGGAGGAGGAGAAGAAGGCGGAGGAGGAGGAGAAGAAGGCGGAGGAGGAGGAGGAGAAGGAGGAGAAGGAGGAGAAGGAGGAGAAGGAGGAGGAGGAGGAGGAGGAGGAGAAGGCCAAGGAGAAAGGGGAGAAGGAGUUGCCAAAACCAGUCUCCUCCUCCUCGCCACGCGCUUCCACGGAGAGGGCAGUGCCCGCCGUGACUGUCUCCUCCUCCAGCACCUCCUCCAGCACCUUCUCCACCAAGGUUCCCCCGCCCGCUCCCUUCCUGUUGGUGGAAGAGGAGCCCGAGACGGAGACGCUCACCAGGGCGUCUGAGGACGACGACACGGCGGGGGACGGCAGCACGGGGACCGGGGAGACGCUGUGCGCCGAGGACGCCUCGGAGACCUCCCCGCCGACGAGGCGGUUCCGGGACCCCCUGCAGGACGACACGGGGAUGUUUGUGGCGGAGCAGGUGGCGUCCUGCGACGACCGCCUCAAGUCCCUCUCCACGGCGUUCAGGCAGGAGCUGAAGGACAUCAUCCUGUGCAUCUCGCCCUUCAUCGGCUUCAGGGAGCCCUUCCUCCUCACGGCCGCGGGCCUGCAGUGCCCCAGCCGGGACUACUUCCCUGAACAGGUCUACCUCUCCCCUUUGCUCAACAAGGACCUCAAGGAGCUCGACGGGCGCCGGAAGCGCCAGCUCCUCAAAGACCCCGCCCCCUCAGGCUCCUCCUCCCACGCCACGGGCCACUACCUGAACGGCCACGCGCCGCCCUCCCAGCGGCCCCUGGACGUCCUGCCCAGCCACCGUCUCACAAGCGCCCGCAUGGUGGAGCAGGUGAACGGAAGCAGCGGCCUGGCCCGCAUGCUGGCCGACUACAGGGCUCAGGGCGGACGCAUCCGCCAGCGGGACGGCUCCGACCCCUUCGGAUCGGCCGGCCCGGCCGCCGCCGCCUGCCAGGGCAGCCGGGAGCAGAGGGAGGCGGCGUUCCGGGCGCCGUCCAAGGCGGAGAGCGAGGAAGAGAGGCCGAGCGGGGCGAGCGACAUGAGCUGGGCCUCCAAGCCAGCGCUGGUCUCAGACCAGCUGGAGCUGCUGGUGUCUGACGGAGCCCCCCCCCUAAGCCCUGACCUGAGGUCUGUCAGGGACACUCUGGACUGUUUCAACCCUGUGAACCACCAGCGUCUGUGCGUGCUCUUCAGCAGCUCCUCUGCCCAGUCCAACAACGCCCCCAACCCCUGCGUCAGUCCAUGGAUCGUCACUAUGGAGUUCUAUGGAAAGAACGACCUGUCUCUUGGUGUGUUCCUGGAGAGAUACUGCUUCAGGCCAUCCUACCAGUGCCCUAGCAUGUUCUGCGAGACCCCCAUGGUGCACCACGUGCGGCGCUUCGUGCACGGCGGCGGCUGUGUGCAGAUCGUACUGAAGGAGCUGGACUCCCCCGUGCCCGGCUACCAGCACACCAUCCUCACCUACUCCUGGUGCCGCAUCUGCAAACAGGUGACACCGGUGGUGCCUCUGUCCAACGAGUCGUGGUCCAUGUCCUUCGCCAAGUACCUGGAGCUGCGCUUCUACGGCCACCAGUACACACGCAGGGCCAACGCCGAGCCCUGCGGACACUCCAUCCACAAGGACUACCACCAGUACUUCUCCUACAACCAGAUGGUGGCCUCCUUCAGCUACAUCCCCGUGAGGCUGCUGGAGAUCUGCCUCCCUCCUCCCAAGAUCCUUAUCCGGAACCAGGGACCCUCUAAGAACCUCAUGCAGCAGGACCUCAAGGACUUCUUCCUGAAAGUCAGCCAGGUGUACUUGGCCAUAGACGACCGUCUCACCUCGCUGAAGACGGACACCUUCAGCAAGACGCGCGAGGAGAAGAUGGAGGACCUGUUUGCACAGAAAGACAUGGAGGAGGCUGAGCUGAGAAGCUGGAUCGAGAAGCUCCAAGCCCGCCUGCAGUCGUGCUGUCCCGACUCCCCCCAGCAGCUCCAGGCUGUGCUGGAGUCGGUGGUCAUCAGGAAGCAGAGCCUGUGUGAGACGCUGCAGUCCUGGAACAGCAGGCUCCAGGAUCUGUUCCAGCAGGAGAAAGGGAGGAAGCGUCUGUCUGUCCCCCCCAGCCCAGGACGCCACCGCCAGACCAACGCUGAAGACAGCAAGGGUGUCCUGGAGCCAUCCACCCGUAACAUCUCGCCUGUGGUGUCAAACGGAGACAAAGAGGACCGCCACCUCAGCACACUGCCCUCCAGCUCCUCCUCCAUUCUGCAGUCGCCAGGGGAUCUGAGCAAUGACACGCUCUACUCCGGGCCCUCCUUCCCAGAGCAGGACUCUGGCAGCAUUUCCGAAGAUGUGUUUGACGGACACCUGCUCGGAUCCAACGACAGCCAGGUGAAAGAGAAGUCCACAAUGAAAGCCAUCCUGGCCACCUUUCUGCCUGGCAACAGCUACAACUCAAUCCCUUUUCCUUUCGAACCGGACAAGCACUAUCUGAUGUACGAGCAUGAGCGAGUGCCCAUCGCCGUGUGUGAGAAAGAGCCCAGCUCCAUCAUUGCCUUCGCCCUCAGCUGUAAAGAGUACAAGACCGCCCUGGACGACAUCUCAAAGAUUGCCAAGACAGGAUUGGACGAUGCCUCCCAGUCCAUCAGUGGUGGAGGAGGUGGAGCAGAGAGUCGGUCCAGGAGCAGCCCGGCCAAACCCAACGAGUCAAACCUCUCCCAGCUGGGCCGCAGCAGCCUGGACUCUGAGCCCCUCAGCAAGGAGGGAGACCUUCUGGACAAGGAGAGGAAGCAGAGCGGGAACCCACACAUUGAACUGCAGUUCUCCGACGCCAACGCCAAGUUCUACUGCCGGAUCUACUACGCAGAGGAGUUCCACAAGAUGAGGGAGGAGAUCAUGGAGAGCUCGGAGGACGACUUCGUCCGCUCCCUGUCCCACUGCAUCAACUGGCAGGCCCGUGGCGGGAAGUCCGGCGCUGUCUUCUACGCCACGGAGGACGAUCGCUUCAUCCUGAAGCAGAUGCCCAGACUGGAGGUCCAGUCCUUCCUGGACUUCGCUCCUCACUACUUCACCUACAUCACCGGAGCUGUGCAACAAAAGCGUCCAACGGCACUCGCCAAGAUUCUGGGCGUUUACCGGAUCGGCUACAAGAACUCCCAGAACAACACGGAGAAGAAGCUGGACCUACUGGUGAUGGAGAACCUCUUCUACGGACGCAAGAUGGCACAGGUGUUCGACCUGAAGGGGUCCCUGAGGAACCGCAACGUGAAGACGGACUCGGGCAAGGAGAGCUGUGAGGUGGUGCUGCUGGACGAGAACCUCCUGAAGCUGGUGCACGACAACCCGCUGUACAUCCGCGCGCACUGUAAGGCCAUCCUGCGUGCCGCCAUCCACAGCGACGCCUACUUCCUGUCCAGCCACCUCAUCAUCGACUACUCACUGCUGGUGGGCCGCGACGACACCACGGACCAGCUGGUGGUGGGGAUCAUAGAUUACAUCAGGACGUUUACAUGGGACAAGAAGCUGGAGAUGGUGGUUAAAUCCACAGGGAUCCUUGGUGGACAAGGUAAGAUGCCCACGGUGGUGUCCCCAGAGCUGUACCGCGCCCGGUUCUGCGAGGCCAUGGACAAGUACUUCCUCAUGGUGCCCGACCACUGGAACGGCCUGGGCAUCAACUGCUAAGGUCCGGGGGACACCUUUUAUGCAAGCACCUUUACGACCCCUCCCCAUACACACACACACACACACACAGACACACAUACAAAGAUAUCCAUUCCCUGGUCCGACGAUGUCAGUGCUCCAAUCAGGGGAACCAGAAGCACACUGGACGUUAUGAUGUUUAUUCAUGUUUUUACGUUGAUGGACACUUGAGAGUGGCCAGUAUACGCCAACAAGAGAGUGGUCUCCGCAUAGCAGUGCCACUGAAUUAUGCUGUCUAACAUUUUAAACUUCAGGGGGUGCGUUGUUACUAGGACCGCCCUCUGGAAUCGUCGUGUUUUAUUAGUGCCAUGGGUCCAACUGUUGCCAGAGAGCCCACAGCAAGACAGCACUGGAAACAAGCAACAAUGACAAAACAAAUCAUACAAUCUUGUCAUGGCUGUAGUUUGGUGAGCAGACUAGUGUAAUUUAAAGUUUGUAAAUGUACAGAGAUUAGGCAUUAACUAUUAAAAUGUUAUUAACGCUGUAAUGCCACAGAUCUUACUUUUUUUUAUUUCACCUCAUGUCGAUGUAUGUUUUAUAUGUCCCUAUUGCUUUAAUUAAACAACAAGUAUGGUAACUUACAAAGACCCCUAUUUAUAACCCAUCUGAAUAAAGGCAAAUGAUAGACUGGUUUGACAGCAUCUGGUACGGCUCACAUAAAUCUGCAUUAUGUUGAAAUUCUAACCAUGGCUGGUGGUACAAGCCUCCAUGUAGACUCUGGCUUUGGUUGUUCUUCUUCAUAAGCACGUAUGAAUACUUUUAGACCUUAUUUUUAAUGGCUAGUCAGUGGUUUGGAUCAGCCAUAAUGUUUACAUCCAAGAAUAUGAUUUUCCCUGUCCAGACAGGAAUAGUAUCUUGCCACUAGGUGGUGCUGUAGUUACUAUCGGACUGAAAUCUUUAAGUUCCUGAACAAUGUAUUUGUGAUUCCAAAUGGUCUGUUCUAAUUCUAUGAAUAAAAAAAUACAUUUUUA